UCUGGUUCUUCUCUGAUAAAUAUUUCUUGUAUAAUAGUACUCACGAACACAAUGAAAAAACCCAGAUGUAUGACCAAUAAUUAUGAAAAUUUAAAUGAUUCUUGCACAUAUAUAUAUAUCGAGCUAGCUACGUAUUUCUCCGGCAAAAACAUAUCAGAUCGGAUCAGAUCGGAUCAGAUCAGAUCAGUUUACGCAGAAGAUAUAGCUAGAUAUCUCCGUGCAGGGUUACUUGUAUAGUUGUAUUGUAUUGCACCAAAGACUAAAAUGGAUCAACCGAAGAAGCACCGAAGAAGAGUGAGUUUUUCAGAUGUAAAACAAGAUAGACCUGAAGAAUACGCAAACAUCAGAGACAGAAUGAAAUCAGAAUCCUUCAGACGAGGGAGUUCAAUAAUGAAGGAGUACAAUUGUAAGGAAAGCGAAUUCGCAGCAAGCAUUGCAGCAGCAGCAUAUGCAAUUUACUCUUUAGAAGAAACGAGAGCCGAGUUUGAGAAAAGGAUGGUGGAGAGCUUUAGAGAAGAUCCUAAUACACCCAAAACCAAGACCCGCUACAUGGAAGAUAACAAUAGCCAAGAUGAUGAUAAUACCUUUGAACAACUACCAAAUUUAGGAAAUCUAAUGAGGCAAUUAUCACACAAGGAAACAAGAGAUGGUGGUGAUCAAAGUUCAAUACGAAGGACUUCUACAAGACCUAUUGAGGUAGCAGGGGUAGAGCAAAAUGGGACUAGAAGGGUCACAACAACUAAAGCUGAUGCUUGGGAACAAGCACGAUUAGCCAAGAUUAAUAAAUGGUAUGAGAAGAUGAGGGAGAAGAUCAUAGAGUGGGAGAAUGAGAAGAAGAAGAAAGCUGGCAUUGACAUGGAAAGAAGAAAGGCCGAGUUAGAGAGGUUAAAGAGAAUAAACUUGCACCACCACCAAAACAAAGUAGUAAAGAUAGAAGAUGUAGCUGGAGGAGCUAUGAAGCAACUAGAGGAGAAGAAGAGAAAUGAAGAAGCUCAUACUAAACAUCAGGCAAUGAAGAUUAGAUCCACAGACAAACUUCCUGUUCAAUGUUUGUGUUUCGAAUGUUAAUUAACAUCUACGAAGAACGGGGUACUAAUUACUUUGAUUAACGAUAAUGAGAUAAUUAAUUAUGACAUAGCUUAUUGAUGAAGCUAGUAAUUGUACAUGGUUAUAUUAAAUUUAAGAUUAUUUUGAUUGUUAGCAAAGACCUCGUUUUAGUAUAUACUAUUUGUAUUUAAAA